AUGCCGUCCCAACCCUUCACUCUUCGCCCCGCGACCCUUUUCGAUAUUCCUCAAAUGACACACAUUGUCAUCGCAGCCUAUGGUUCCAGCCCCGUAAGCGACUUCCUGAAUCCUCACGCAAAACAAUAUCCGCGAGAUCAACAGAUAUCUGUUGGGCAAGCUGUUACGAAAUCCUACCUGAACCCUCAGACUCUGACCCUGGUAGUCUGUUCUCCCGAGUCACCUGAUGUUCUUUUGGCAUAUGGGAUGUAUAGUCGUAAAGGUGUAGAUUCCGGAGUCAAGGAAUUUGUAAAUGAGAGGCGCGGCGUGGAAAGAAUCGGGAGAUGGAUAUUCAGUUCCAUCUUAACAGUUCUGUUCGGAUUAUAUAAUUACCUCCGGCCAGACCGUUCUGUAUCAAAACCCAACAGGGCCGUUUUCGAUCACUCAAUCAAAAUGGAUCAAGAGCGUUAUUGGUCUCCCGAAGCUUUCCCAAGGAGGCAAAAUCGCUGGCAUGUAAAUAGUAUCGUUGUACUUCCUGAGUACCAAGGGAAAGGCAUCGGAAGGUUGCUGAUGGAGUAUAUUUUGGAGAGGGCGAGGAAAGAGAAUGUUCCUGCAGGAUUGACUGCUAGUAUUGAAGGAGAGAAAUUGUACAGAAAAAUGGGGCUCAGAAUGCUAGGAGAUUUCUACACGAGAGUUGGGAGGCAGCAUGCAGAUGGAGGCGGGCAUAUGAUUUGGUGGCCGGAGGGUGUUGAGAAGGACGGAGACUAUUGA